AUGUCAUCCAUCCUCUCUGCCCUCAAAGCCAAGCUCAGGGAGUACAUGCUCACCCUUCCCGACGGCACCACCGAGUAUGAAGAUUACGAGGCCUGGAUGCAGGGGUUUGCCAAGCGAGUGGCUGUGUUCGAUCAUUCGGCGCCGGGAGAAGAAGUGCCCAAACUUGCUGCCUGGGUCGCCGAAGCUGAGCGUGGCCUUGACCAUAUCGCCACCAAUGACUGGCUCUCCUGGGGGUUGCAUAUCUUGCCCCAGCGUGCAGCGCGCUUUGCUGAGCUCCAACAACAGCAAGCCGCCGAAAAACAGGCUUUAGCUGAGGAGUUUGCGCGGGUGGCUGCCGCCGAACGGGAGGCCGGUGAAGCACGAGAGGCGUGGGCUGCUACUGCCCAUCGGUCUGCUGAAGAGGAUCGUCAGCGGCGUCGGGAGGCCUUGGUGGAGGCCAUGUUUAGUGGGUUAGUUGAUCUGGACAAGGGGAACCGACAGUUGGCCGUGCUGGAGGCAGAGUCCGCCGACCUUCUCCCUCUCUUUCUUCCCUCUCCCUCUCCUGCUCCCACUCCCGCCGCUUCCUCUUCCCUUCUCCCGCUCCCUGCUGACGCUGACCUUGCUUUCACAACUGAGGCCCUGGAUCACAUGAGCGUAGACUCGACCCUUCCUACUCCGUCGGCCGAUUCGAAGGGAAAGCAGCGCGCCGGCGCCGUGGUCCUCCCGCUCCGUCUUGGAACGGGCCGAAUGUCAACCAUUCGGUCCCCUGUAGAGCGGAACGGAGCCGGGAAGCUUCUUCAGGAUCCUCCAGGCCUGUUGCCGGGUGACGUUCUUGCCGAGUACGCUUGCCAUCGGUACGCGACCGAGUUCGCCACAGUCGCCCCUCGGUGCUACACCCGACCGGGCCAGGUCUCAUGCCUCAAGUGCGCCAACGAUCGCAAAGAGUGUAGCUUCCAGCCUGGGUGGACGUUGAAGGAGAAGGGGAAAGCCCAGGCAAAGGCGAAGUCGGGGGCGAAGUCGGUGGAGAAUGAGCGGCUGAUGAAGAAGCGCAAGAUGGAGGUACUGGUCCCUGAGCGGUCGGCUGGUGAGAGCAUCGCAUGGUCAAAAGCCGUUCGGAGUAGGAAGCCAGUCAAAUGCCUUCCGACUACUACCCAGCACCUUCCUGUCCCCUCUCGCUCCAGUCGCCCUACUCGCCCGACCUCUACCGCCGCCCCUUCCCCCGAGCUUUCACGCCUGUUGCCGUCCGUUGCCCGUGGUGUCGCGUCCAAGAUCAGAUAUCAGAUUGCCGUGGCUGAGGGAUUGUGCACCUUCUUGGCGUGCUCGAUUACAAUGUGGAGAGCCGAGUUGGAGGCCCUUGAGGCCCGGUCGGGUCCUUUAGCACCUUUGGACGUUGUCCUGGUCGAGGAUUCAUCGGAGGCCGAUGAUUCUGGAAGGUUGGAGUUGGGUGAUUUUGUGCCCGAUGACUGA